GUAUACAUUUAACUGUACACUGAUGAAAAGUUCAAUAAAAUUUCGUUCCAGGAACUGAAGGGAGGUAGGAGACAUGUUCUCUCAAGUCGCAGAUGUUAUUGGCAGGGUUACAUCCAUUUGCAAGAGGAGGACCCGGAGGCGAGUGUUCCUCUUGUUUGUAGCCGUGAACGUCGUGGUGUCACUCUACCUGUACCUUGUCGGGUUCCCAUCUCCAGUCCCAGGCCUACAGGACCACGGUACACGCCACCUGGGCAGGGUCCUCGGGGAUAGACAUGACAAGCCAAAGGCCAUCGACAUUGUCUCCAGUGAAAUCCUUCCACUCAAACAUCCCGCUUUUGAACAGAUAACUGGAUUGUUCAACUAUUCUCUAUUAAAGGAAGGUGAAGAGAGGCAUCCUCUUGUAAAUCUGCAUCAGUAUCAGUUCACCUUGAACUCUAACCUCUGUCAGAUAGGUCACGUGUAUCUACUAACGAUUGUUCACUCAGCCUUGGGUCAUUUCAAUUAUCGACGUCGAAUCCGAGAAACCUUUGGAAGCGUUCGUAAAGCGUGGAAUAAAACAGUCGUUCUUGUGUUUACCGUCGGCGUUUCAAAUAAUGAAACACUUCAAACCAGUGUCGUAAGAGAAGCUAACGAAUUCAAAGACAUGAUUCAAGGUAAUUUCAUUGAUGUGUAUAGAAAUCUGAGUAUAAAACACAUUAUGGGUUAUCACUGGAUGCUGAACCAUUGUCCUGAAGCAGCCUUUGUGUUGAAGAUGGAUGAUGACAUGUUUAUGAACCCAUAUAUGAUUGUCAAGUAUCUCACUCAGCUGAAGGAACCUACUAAUCAGCUCCUAGGCUCAAUAGCUCACGGGUUAGUCCCAUGGAGGGAUCCUACAGUGAAAUGGUACGUUUCAACAGCCCAAUAUCCGUUUAAAACUUGGCCCGAUUUUUGUCAAGGACUUGGCUUUAUUGUAUCCAAAGACGUUUUGUUCAAGCUUUACCAUGCGUCCUCAGUGACACGCUUUAUCCCUAUGGAUGAUGUAUUUGUCACGGGUGUUAUAAGAUCUAAUUUAGGCAUUAACGCUACAGAUUAUGGGGACCUGAGAUACAGUUGUACGACAAGAGUGCCUGUGUCGAGAUUUCUCAGCGCUGGAGUGAUGUACACAUUUGAUUCGUGUCUAAAGAUUGCGUUCAAGAAUGUGACCGCAAUGAAAAUGUACAGCAACGGUACAUACCAUUUGUCAAUGUCGGACAAACGUAUAUUUAUUACAUAAAUUUAUUAACGAAAUCAGGCUAAUAAUUAAACAUAAAUAAUACUAUAGCGAAUCUGUCAUGUAUGUUCAUUACUGAUAAUUCGCACCUGUGAUAAGUACCUGUGAUAAUUCGUACUUGGCAUUAACAUGUUUCUCAGAACAUAAAGGGACUAUGGCCUACGGUGAUGCUGAAGGGCUCCUGUUAUCGAUGACUGACCUAUUGAAAUAUCUACUAGAAGAUCAUAUUUAUCUGUCAGUGGACGUUACUUGUGACUUUGAAAGAUAAGGAAGACUGCAUUACAAAGCUGCAUGAAAUUAAGCAUUUCCAUGUGAUCCUGCGUGUUUGGAAUCAGGUUUGGAAACUUCUUUGUAUGGCACUUUAGACAAUAUUGACAAGCUUUAUGUAUAACAACUUCUUAUAUUUCAUGAGUGUGACGUUUCGAUACAGAUUCUUUAGCGAUCCAGGUUUGGACUAGCUGGAUUCUAUGUCCACAGUUGACAUCACCGUUAAGAACUGUAAUCAGCAUAUGCAACUGAGCGUUUAUGUGUCAAAUGUUUUGAGUUUGAGCUCUUAAAAUGAAGCAUUACAUGUAUUAAAAUGUUCAUAGUGUUGGACAUAAACGAA